AUGCCCACGGUGAUCCCGCCCGGGCUGACGCGCGAGCAGGAGCGCGCCUACAUCGGUAACGGCUCGGGGGGACAACCGCGGCUGCGGGGGCACCGGCCCCGGGAACGGGCUCGGAGCUCGGGGCCACCGGCGACGCGGGUGAGCGACAAGGUGAUGAUCCCGCAGGAUGAGUACCCCGAGAUCAACUUCGUGGGGCUCCUCAUUGGGCCCAGGGGGAACACGCUGAAGAACAUCGAGAAGGAGUGCAACGCCAAGAUCAUGAUCAGGGGCAAGGGCUCGGUGAAGGAGGGCAAGGUGGGCCGCAAGGACGGGCAGAUGCUGCCCGGCGAGGAUGAGCCCCUGCACGCCCUCGUCACCGCCAACACCAUGGAGAACGUCAAGAAAGCCGUGGAGCAGAUCAGGAACAUCCUGAAGCAGGGCAUCGAGACCCCCGAGGACCAGAACGACCUGCGCAAAAUGCAGCUGCGGGAGCUGGCGCGGCUCAACGGGACCCUGCGGGAGGAUGACAACCGCAUCCUGAGGCCGUGGCAGAGCACUGAGACGCGCAGCAUCACCAACACCACGGUGUGCACCAAGUGCGGCGGGGCCGGGCACAUCGCCUCCGACUGCAAGUUUGCCAGGCCUGGGGACCCGCAGUCGGCGCAGGACAAGGCCCGGAUGGACAAGGAGUACCUGUCCCUGAUGGCCGAGCUGGGCGAGGCCCCGGUGUCCGUGAGCUCCAACGCCGCCCACAACAACAGCCCCUUGUCCAGCAGCCACCGUGCCGCCAGCCAGGCUGGGGGACAGCCCCCCCCGAGCCGCCCCCCCUGGAUGAGCUCGGCGCCCUCGGAGAACCGCCCCUACCACGGGCUGCACGGGGGGCCCGGGGGUCCCGGGGGUCCCCACAGCUUCCCCCACCCCAUGGCUGGCAUGGGGGGCGGGCACGGGGGGCACCCCAUGCAGCACACCCCCAACGGGCCCCCCCCCUGGAUGCAGCCCCACCGGGGGGGGAUGGGCGGGGGGCCGCACCCCCCGGGCCACCCCGGCGGGGGGGGCAUGG